AUGAAGUACCCUCUCAGCGAGGGCCGGGUAGGAACAAUACAAGGAGACCAAGGCCUGGCAAUAAAGUGCUACAAAGAUAGCCUAAAACCGAAAAAGAGGGCUAUAGUUAUAGAAGAAACAGACAACAACAAAGUCAAUAUGAUCGAUACUGACCCCCGGGAAGAUCCCAGAGAAGAUAGUCUGGCUCCUCAAGAAGAAACUAAAGAAAUUCAGGUCGGCCUUAAAUCUUCAGAAAUAUCUCACUUGGGUACUAAUCUAUCACCAGAGGAGGAGGCCGAGAUUGUUGACAUUUUGAAGAUAAAUAUCGACCUGUUCGUCUGA